CCUCCCCCUCCGGUGGUUCCCCGCCGUCGCUCUCCUCCUUCCUUCCUCCACAGUUCCAGCUCCAGCGACAGUCCCCACAUAGCCCACGGUUUUAUAUACCCAAAGCGUGGUGAACCUGAGGCCGAGCGUGGCACUCUACUAGACCCAAUACUUACUUCUCCGGGGGCGUGCCGUGCCGUGCCCGGCGUCCGGCGAGGAGAGGGAGAUAGCGCUUGGUGAGUUGGUCUUGGUGGAGUGUGUCACGGUUGGUCCAUGGAGAUGCCGAGGUCGCCUGGCGCGGGCGCGUUCCGGUUUCUUGGCCUGCUCAAGCAGCCCGAGGCGGGCCACGACGGCGCCUGCUUCGAGCUGGACGAGAGCGACGUCGUCUGGCCGGCCGGUGGUGGCGGUGUUGACGUGGACGGGUGGGCGGCCGCGCCCGUGGCCGAGACUGCGGUGGUGACCACUCGGCGUGCCAGCGCCAGCGCGCGGCGUCGCGCGGCGCACGCCGUGCCGCAGAGCUUCGGGCUCUCGUCGCUCCUCGCGGAGGGCGGCGACGGCGGCAGCGUCGAGGCGCAGCAGCUGCACGCGGGGAUGGCGCUGGCCGUGCCCGCGAGGCCGGGUCACGGCGCCGCGACGCCGACGCCGAGGCAGUCGGCGCCGGUGAGGGUGCCGGUGUGGCCGGGGCAGCCGGCCAGGCCCAGGGAGAAGGCGAAGCGCGGCGCCAAGAAGGCCGAUGAAUCCGAGGAAGACGAGGAGGGCGGGGAGGAGAUGGUGCCGCCGCACGUGGUGGCGGCGCGGCGGCACGCGCGGUCGUCGUCGGUGCUGGAGGGCGCCGGGCGGACGCUCAAGGGGCGCGACCUCUGCCGCGUCCGCAACGCCGUGCUCCGCCAGACCGGCUUCCUCGACCUCUGAAUCUCAUCUCAACAAGAAGAAGAAGAAACCAACCGCAUGCAUGCCGGCCGGCGCGAUCCACCACCGAUCAUCCAUCAGCUCCUGCCAUUCCGGCAGCUGCCAUGCCAUCCUCCCCUGCAUCCAUCUGGUCUGGUCUGGUCUGGUCUUGAGAGUGACCAAACAAAAAAAAAAAACCUCUGUUAAUGUCUGAAACUCUGGAUACUGCCUAAAUUGAAUUCAAUACAUUCAAUUUCAUU